GUUACAUUAUCUCGCAAGAGCGAGCUUUUCAUGCAGUAGCUCCGUGAGAUGUAAAAAAAAUUAAAAGUAAUUUUGCUAUAGAAAGAAAGUAUAUCAUGACUACCAUGAGAGCUUGAAAGUGUGUGUAGUUGUAGUAGUGAUGCCGUGGUGCAAACGUGAAUCAUCCGGUCAUCCAUUGGCCGAGGAGGCUCAGCACAAAGGAAAAACAGCGGAGAUAGCCUGCUUUGAACCCUCUCCACCUCCACCUCCGCUGCCUUUUCUGUACCUGCACCAACACGUUUCCCGAUACUCUCUCGAUAGCGACAGACCAGUUCCCAUUUCUUUUUCUGUUCUCUCGUUACUUAUCUUCCUUAUUGUUUUUUAAGUUAGUAUCUCGCCACCGCUAUUCUUUUUAUUCGCAAGGGCUUGUAUUUAUGACUCCUAAACUGCCUGAUCUACUCGGGGAACAAUGGAUUACAAAGACAGAGAGAAGGUCAACUACAUGUGCAAUCGGCUGUUGCAAUGCAUAGAUAUAAACAGGUUGUGGCCCAAACUCUUGGAGAACGGGGUCUACAACAGAGAUGAUGUAAAUAUUCCAAGCUGGCAGAAGGACAUGCCAAGUAGAGAGACUGUUUAUGACAUUUGCUCCACUAUUAAAACGAGAGGACCACAUGCUUACGACAAUUUAAUUUUGAGCCUCAAUGAAUCUGGGCAUCACAGUAUUGUUCAAGAGCUAAAAAACUAUCAAUCUUCUCCCAGCAGUGGUAGCAGUGGCCACAAAUUUUUUCAAACAAAUGAUCUGCAUUCUGUGGAAGCAUCUAAUAAUCAUACAGAAACUACAUCAAGCUCUCCAGAACCAUCUAUUUCCAGCUUUGAUGAUAAUUCCAAAGAGAAGGUCAACUACAUGUGCAAUCGGCUGUUGCAAUGCAUAGAUAUAAACAGGUUGUGGCCCAAACUCUUGGAGAACGGGGUCUACAACAGAGAUGAUGUAAAUAUUCCAAGCUGGCAGAAGGACAUGCCAAGUAGAGAGACUGUUUAUGACAUUUGCUCCACUAUUAAAACGAGAGGACCACAUGCUUACGACAAUUUAAUUUUGAGCCUCAAUGAAUCUGGGCAUCACAGUAUUGUUCAAGAGCUAAAAAACUAUCAAUCUUCUCCCAGCAGUGGUAGCAGUGGCCACAAAUUUUUUCAAACAAAUGAUCUGCAUUCUGUGGAAGCAUCUAAUAAUCAUACAGAAACUACAUCAAGCUCUCCAGAACCAUCUAUUUCCAGCUUUGAUGAUAAUUCCAAAGAUGAUUAUUAUACAAAAUUGUUGAAAAAUUUAGAGCCUCUAUCUAUUAAGGUCCGAAAAGCUGUAAAAUUUAAAGAUGGACCAGAAUUCAAGGAUAUUGAAAGAUAUGUUAUGCGCAGCGAACCACGUGGUUUAGCGUUAAUCAUAACAAAUAUUGCAUAUGAAUACUACGUCAGCCGGCCGUCUGCAAAGUACGAUGAAGACAAUUUGAAUAUACUUUUCACAGAAAUGGGGUUCAAAACAAUAGUGCGUAGGAAUUUGACAGGAAUCGAAAUCAAGAAAGAAGUUAAAGAAUUUUCUAAAAUGAAAGAAUUACGCAGAGUAGAUGCCGCAUUUAUUAUAAUAUCAUCCCAUGGUCAUGGAGAGUAUGGAAAACAAGAAACGGAAAUUCAAGGCACUGAUUAUCUAUCACCGAAUUACAAAUCAGUAUUUUGUACAGACAUAAUAGAUUAUUUCACAGCGGAACAAUGUCCUAAUCUUUGUGGUAAACCAAAGAUAUUUAUUUUUCAAACUUGCAGGGGUAAUACUCAUCAAAAAGCUGUUUCGAGAAAUGUCACGGAUACAAUAUCAACAGAACAUCCUGAUUCCGAACAACCAUAUGACUUAUCUUCUCGUAAUUAUGAAGAUACUCUGAUAGCUUAUGCCACAUUACCUGGUUACGUUUCUUAUCGAGACAAGUACACUGGAAGUUGGUUCAUACAAAUUCUGUGCGAAGUAUUCAUGAACUAUGCAUGUGAAAGACACAUACAAGAUUUGUUUGUCAUGACUGAUAGGAGAUUAAAAGACUUGAGGACUGGGCACAACGGUUGUCAAACAUUAUGGGUGAUCAAUCAAGGAUUCCAUAAACAUUGCUAUUUAAAUCCUGGUUUGUUUCACAAGCCUGGUGGAGAAAAUAAGCCUCCGACCGCGAGCACCUCCGAUCUCCGACUUGGAGGGGUCCGAGCUGAGAUCUCGUACAAAUCUAUAUUUGACAGUGUUUUAACAGUAUCGCAUGAAAGGUACAAAAUGGAGUCAAAUAUACAAUUAAGUGUAAAUACAUACAAAAACUUGAUUGAAAAUCUGAAAGAGUUGAAUCUUGAUGACAUUGCAAAUCAUCUCCAAAAAAAUGUCAUUGACACCAAUUUUAAUAAUCAAGUGGAGAUAAAUAAUGAAGCAAAAAGACCUGUUACCCCAGUAUCAGAUAAUUCUGACUGCAAUUCUUUGGACUCGUCGGAUAAUGAUUCAUCCAGGGAAGAUAAUUUCCAUACAAAGCUACAAGUAGUUAUGGAACCACUUUGCAUAAAUGUGAAAAAGUCAACGAAAUUUAGAGAUAGGCCUGAAAUCAAACACAUAGGAGUUUAUCCGAUGAGAAGCAGUCCCAGAGGACUUGUUUUGAUUAUUGCCAAUAAUUUGUACAAAAAGGAAAAAGAUAGAAGGCCUAGUGCUAAACAUGAUGAGGCCAACUUGAAACGACUUUUUGAAGACAUGGGAUUUAAAGUACUACCGUAUUUUGAUUUAACUGGAGAGGAAAUUGAAAAAAAAACGAAAGAAUUUUCACAAAUGCCAGAGCUUCGCAAGGUGGACUCUGCUUUUGUAAUUGUUUCUUCUCAUGGCAGUGGGAGAUUAGGGCAACAAGAAACAGAAAUCCUAGGCGUAGACUACAAUUCGGUAGGAUAUAAAAAAGUCGUUUGUACAAAAAUAAUGAACUGCUUCACUGCAGAAAAUUGUCGGAAUCUAUUGGGAAAACCAAAAAUUUUCAUCUUUCAAACUUGCAGAGGCAAGUACGAGCAGGUUGCGGUACCCAGGCAUACAACAGAUGCUGCCACAACUCCCAAAGCCAAGACUGAAGAGCAUUAUGUUCAUUUUUCGGAAAAAAUGAGAAAUUAUGAAGAUAUGCUAAUUGUUUACUCAACAAUUCCUGGAUAUGUGUCUUACCGAGAUGAAAUAAACGGUAGUUGGUUCAUUCAAAUCCUUUGUGAGGUGUUCAUGAACUAUGCUCAUAAAGUUCAUGUUCAAGAAUUGUUUAACAUGAUUGAUUAUCGAUUGAAAGAUCUUAGAACAAUCGACGAACAUUGCCAGACACCGUCAAUAACAUCUCAAGGAUUCAAUAAAUAUUGUUUUUUGAAUCCUGGACUUUUUGAAGACAAGCAUGAAGCUAAUGGAUAUGUGAAGACUGAUUUUACAUUUAAAUGUUGUCCUGACAGAAAAGCAAAUAUUUACGUCUGCACUCAUUGCGAAUCAAUUUAUCAUCGAAAAUGUGUUAAGAAUCUUACAAACGUGAAGAUAAUAGCCAAUGUUAAAGCAAAUUGUUGUUUGCCAUAUAGACAAUAUGAUGAAAAUGACGACUCUAGAUCACUAAGCGAAAAUGUAGAAGAACUAAAAAAAGUUCUCAACAACAUGAAAGAAGAAAACGAAAAUUUAAAAGAACAAAUUUCCACCCUUGAAACUCAGCAUGUUAGUAUUAUUUCCAAUGAGAUACUGUUGAAAAAUUCUGAACAACAUUUAAAAGUCGAAAAUCUGAUGAAUGAAAACGAAAUUUUAAAACAAUUGAACAAAGAAAUACAAAAUAGUAAUGAAUUACUGAAAGAGAAAAAUGAAUGGCUCUCUGAAAAAUUGGAAAAAAAAAAAAAUAGAUGGCCUAAGCCUUACCUAAGUAAAGUAUUAAAGAAAAGAAGAAGGAAAGUAUCUGAAACCAUGGAAUCGUUGGAGAUUUCGUUGUAAACAUUACAAUUUUUCUUUGUUCAGAGCGACAUCAAUCAAUUUUUUAAGUUACGUGAUUUUAUUAACUAUAGAGCCGUAUGUUUAAACAAUCAAUUAAAAUGUUUUUUUUUUGACAGGGUAAAAAGUGCAUUUAAAAAAAGUGAUAAUUCUACAAUAUCAGAUUUUAAACUGUGAUAAUGCAUCUAUAAUUAUAAAGUGUUGAAGUAAACUUCGUAAUGCUAAUAUUUUUGUCUAAAGCAAUAAGAACAAAUAAACACUAAAGUGCUGCAAUUAUAUAAGUAUUUUUGUAACGCUAAUGUUACUAGGUAAAUAAAUUUCUAUCGUUUUACUUAUUUUUCAGUUGGUUACGAUUGCAUUUACAGUAGAAUUUAAAAAAUAAAAUUUUGAGAUUUCAAUGUCGUCUAUACAGCGCUAUUUUGAAACGUUGCCCAAACUAUAAUUGAUAAUGCUCCCUAAACAGAUUUUUAAUUUUUUAAUACAAUUUCCGAAAAAAAUUGUAACUGCGUAAAUUGUGUUCCGAGUUUUUUGUUACUCGCAUAACUGUCUAAAUUAAAAUAUCGUAAAUUAAUUUUUUGAUGUAUUUCAGAAUAAGCCAGAUGGCUUAGAACUAUUUUUUUUAAAUAGUACUUUUUUUACAUUGCAUUUUGCAUUUCUAUAAAAUCGUCUUAUUGCGUGUU